UUUUUAUUUUAAUGACUGUUAAGCGGUUUGGCCCUGUUGUUCUUUCGUUAUUGAUGACAAUUCGUCAAAUUCUAUCAAUUUUCUUUUCAACCUAUAAUUUCGGUCAUUCAAUUACUUUAAUAGGAUUUUUCGGGUUAUUUACAGUUUUUGGUGCAAUUAUUGUUGAUAUUUAUUCAAAAUAUAGAAUUAAUACAGGAAGAAGGCUUAGAUAA